AAUGAAUCGUCUUUUUGGUACCUCUAAAUAAGAACCACCAAAAUAAUAACCCCCCCCUCCCUAAAAUCCCUAAUAACCUAAGGUAAUAGACUUGUCUGAGCAAUAAAAAAGAGUAAGAUUUAUAACUAAUGAAGUCUGAAGCUAAAGUUAAGGAAUUGACUGAAUAGAUCUAAGAAUUAGAUAAACAAAUAUGUGAACAAUAUUAAAAAGCUAAAACCUCUAGGGGAGUACAGCAAACUACGGCUAAGUCAAGAGCAGUAAUGCUUCUUAAGAGAAAGAAGAUGUACCUGCUUUACAUAAGAUUAGGUUGGAACAAUAAUUAGGAUAAAUGCUCAAUAAUUAAAUGACCUUAGAUCAAGUAGCAUUUACUAAAGAGAACAUUUAAAAUACACUUGAAAUGGUUUCUAAUUUAAUUUUUAUAUAAGGCUUAAGCAAUGUAGCAAGUUGUUGCUGUUCAAAAAGAAGCAUUCAAAGAAAUUGAUAUGGAUAAAUUAGAGGGUAUAAUGCUUCCUUACUAUCGUUAGACCUCAUGGAUGAUAUGGAGGAUAUGAAGUUUGAAACUGACUACAUGAAUGAUAUGAUGAAUAGAAAUUAUUCAUGCGAUGUCGACGAAAGUGAGUUAGAUAGAGAAAUGGCAGAAAUAGAAAAUGAUAUGAAUUUCAACGCAUUUCAGCCCCAGCAAAUAGAGCAGCAAGCUCCUAAAUAAGUUUAACAUUUAAAUUAUAAUGUAGAAUCAGAUAAACUAACAGCAAUUCUUUAACGCUUACACCAAUUGA